ACAAUCAGGCAUAUGGUCUGCAACUCUUUUCAAGUAUUUUUUGGUUUUAGUGUUCAGCAUUUACUAAACAAUACUCAGAGAAAGAAAUCCCAAUAUUUAGAUAUACAGUCCUUGUGACAACCUUUAAUUGUAUCUUUGGAGAGGGGAGAGUCAAUAUUUUCCAACCGGCCUGCGCCAAAUAAAUGAUCAAUAAAGUGUUCGAUGUGACAGUGGGACAAGCGUCACAGCUCCAGUAAUGCUUCAGCAGAUGUGAUGUUAGAUGUUAGUUUUAUUUUUCAGUUCAUAUUUGUUUAUUUUUAAGAUUUGCAGGAUUGUGAAAUUAUGACUAAUGCAGCAGAGAUACCACUGGGUCUAAAGGAGCUACUGCAAGCCUUUACUGUGGAAGUCCUGCGACAUAAACCAGAUAAUUUGGUGGAAUUUGCUGUUCAACAUUUCAGCAACAUUUUGGAGACUCAAAGUAAAAACAACGAACAAUUUAAUCAGCAACCCAAGAAACUGAGCUUCAGAUCAGCAAAGAAAGGAGUGACUUUUGAAAACAAAUCAGAACAAACCAAAGAGAAAGAGGAGGAGGAAAGCACAGAUAAGUGCACAACUGGAAAAUACAGUCGCAGAGUUUCAGUUUGUGCAGAGGCAUACAACCCUGAUGAUGACGAGGAAGAUGAUUCAGAGCCCCGUGUGGUUCAUCCCAAAACAGACAUACAGAGAAGAAGAUUGCAAGACGCCUGCCGCGACAUCCUCCUGUUCAAGACCCUGGAGCAGGAGCAGUUUUCUGAGGUUUUGGACGCCAUGUUUGAGGUGCAGGUCAAACCAGACGAGCACAUCAUAGACCAGGGUGAUGAUGGAGACAACUUCUAUGUGAUUGAGAAGGGUGUCUACGAUAUAUUUGUGAAAAAGGGGGAUAAUGAUUUGUGUGUGGGAAAGUAUGACAACAAGGGCAGUUUUGGGGAGCUGGCUCUGAUGUACAACACCCCACGAGCUGCUACUAUCGUGGCCACACAGGAGGGGGCGCUAUGGGCGCUGGACAGAGCCACUUUCCACAGGCUCAUUGUGAAGAACAAUGCAAAGAAGAGGAAGAUGUACGAAGCUUUCAUUGAAUGUGUCCCUCUCCUGACGUCUCUGGAGAUUUCUGAAAGGAUGAAAAUUGUGGAUGUUCUUGGGAUCCGAGUGUUCAAAGAUAGAGACUGCAUCAUCAAAGAGGGGGACCAAGCCGACUGUUUUUACAUUGUUGAAUCAGGAGAGGUCAAGAUUAUGAUAAAGAGUCUUAAAAAGAAAGACCAAGAUGACAACACUGAAGUUGAAGUGGCACGGUGCACUAGGGGGCAGUAUUUUGGAGAACUAGCCCUAGUCACCAACAAACCCAGGGCUGCAUCUGUGUACGCUGUGGGGGAGACUAAAUGUUUAGUCAUUGACAUCCAGGCAUUUGAGCGUCUGCUGGGCCCCUGUAUGGAUAUCAUGAAGAGGAACAUUUCCCAGUAUGAGGAGCAGAGGAUGGCUCUGUUUGGGUGUGCUGUAGAUCUGAAAAAUUAAGGACUAGAAAUUGUAUUGCAUUUGUUCUCUGUAGUACCAGCCAAAAUAUUUAAUCACCUAUUCAAAACAUCAGUUAAGUUGUUCUUAGAAAUUCAGAUUGUCUACUUUACAGUUUGUUUGUUGCACACUUUUUCAAGGGUUUCAGCAUCCUGUUAUAAGAUAUUCAACAAUUUUAUGAUUUAUUUCUAUUAAAAAGAUAUAAUCUAUAA